AUGGCCCCCGCCGAGGCAUCGUCGGGUGCCACCGGAGCAGCUGCCGUCUCGGUGCUAGCGGCCGCUGCUAGGGCGGAUGUCGCCGCAGUGGCUCCGGUGACCCCCGCGGACGUGUGCGCUGCCGAGGUACCGGCAGGCGCCCCUGAGGUGGCCGCCGCUGGGGCGGACGCCACCGCCGAGGCUCCGGCGACCCCUGCGGACGCAGACGCCGCCGAAGUACCGACGGGCGCCCCUGAAGCGGCUGCCGCCGUGGGGCUGGCGGCUGCUGUCGGGGCGGAUGUCGCCGCCGAGGAGAUAGCCGUGGCCGCUGCGUACGCCCUUGAUCUCCGAACGAUCAAGGGCGCAUCGUCGCUGUCCUCCUCGUCGUCGUCCACGGGGACGACUUCUGGGGACACUGCAGCCUAG